AUGUGGGUGAGAAACCCAAAUCAGAAAAGCUCAGCAAGCCAAUGGCUCAACGGUUCUCACCACCCUCCUCUGGCGCAAACACCGUUUGCUGCGCUGCGCUCAUCACGAGAAGCCGGGGAACUCUCUUGGGUGGACUUCAAGCGCGAUGAUAGUCAGUCUGAAGUUUUCUACUAUGCCAUCUUUAUUAGUUCAAAGACCGGGCUUGGGGGGGACGACCCUAAUGUUGUGUUGGCAAAGCCAACUUCUUGGGUUUCGGGCGGUGAAAAGCGGACGUGGGGACUCGGGUCGGGGCGCAGCGUAACUAAGGGAUUCCAUUUAGGGCGAGACAAAAUGUGCGGGCACGGGCGGUCUGGUGUCCGAGCCGAUUGGUCAGACGACGACUACUUCACUUAUUAG